AUGUCAAACCAUGUACUACUGUGUCAAGGAUCAGAGGUCAAUGUCAAACCUGCGGACAUGUUCGAGUAUUUAUGGCAGACCAUCGGCGAAUCCAUCAGCACUGAAGAUUACAGUAGUUUACCGCACUUGGAUGAGUCUCGGUCCAAACCGGAUGAUUUUCACAAGGAUAAGUAUGAGCUGCCAUUGGAAAAUAGUAUAUCUGAAAUGCUUCAUCCAAUUAUGAAGCAAAGGGAUUCCAACAGCCGAAGUUCCAGUCCAGAUUGUCAGUCGCCAACGGUGGACAGUUCUCAGCAGAGCCUCUACUUCCAUCAGUCACCACCACCUGUGACAGGGAAUGCUGGGAUUGCCCUUCAGCACUACUCCACACAACAUGCCAUCCCAUCACAUGUUAACUAUGCAGGUGACUAUGGCUUCGAAAUCUCAAUUCCUAAACCCGAGAAGGAGACAAAGUCAACAUCAUGGACGUACUCCCCCAUGUUCAAGAAACUCUAUGUCCGAAUGGCGUCUUCCUGUCCUGUCCAGUUUAAGACUCUCCAUCCACCACCUGCGGGCACCAGUAUCCGUGCAAUGGCCGUCUUUGCCAAGUCUGAGCAUGUGCAGGAUGUGGUGAGACGGUGCCCGAAUCAUGCCACCUGUAAGGAGUACAACGAGAACCAUCCUGCUCCAUCACAUUUCCUGCGCUGUGAACACAAGUAUGCGCAGUAUGUCGAUGAUAGGUUGAGUGGUCGUCAGAGUGUCAUAAUUCCUCAUGAGGCUGCUCAGGCAGGAUCUGAUUGGGUGGUCAACCUCUUCCAGUUCAUGUGCCUUGGGUCAUGUGUAGGCGGACCGAACAGACGACCAAUCCAAGUUGUCUUCACAUUAGAGAAGGAUCAUGUCGUUCUAGGUCGUGCUGCAGUUGAGGUGCGCAUCUGCGCCUGCCCUGGACGAGAUCGCAAAAAUGACGAGAAGCUGCUUGCACCUCCCGGUCAGCAAUCCAAGAAACUAACAAAAACGCCACUCACUUCAAAAGUUCUUCAAGGACAAGGGAAGAAAAGAAAAUUUGAAGGAGAUGAUGAGUGUUUCACCCUGACGGUCAGUGGCAGAGAAAAUUAUGAACUAUUAUGUCGCAUUAGAGAUUCACUGGAGCUGGCUGCCAUGUUAACUCCCCAUGACAUUGAAAGUUACCGUCAAGGUCAGGUUAAAGCAAGGCCUCAGUCAGUGAGCACUGGUGAACCGCAGACCAAGGUUAUUCGUCUCAGUCCAGUCAAUCAGAAUAUGGCUGUAUUUAAUGCUUCUAUUUCUCAUUAA